AAAUGCUAAAAAGCCAGCCUACUUUUCAUCUGCACUUCACUUGACUCUCAUCAGCUGCCGACGUGGUCCGAUUUUUGCAAAAUUUCCACAAAUUAAAUAGUAGUGUGGAUUUUCCCAAAAAGAGUUAAUUGUACUUAAUUGAGAAAAAUUUUGGAAGAAGGUGGUACGAUGGAAAUUGAAAUUUGCAGCGCAAGUGGAAGGGUAAUAACCAAAUUGCCGGUUUAUGCGUCAUCUACUGUCGGCGAUGUUAAGGGAAAGAUUCAUCAGGCGAAAAAAGGACCUUAUCCUGGUCGACAAAUGCUUCGACUUGAAGCCAAAGGGAAGGCAUUGGACGACAAAUCUACCCUGGCCGACCUGGGUAUCAAGAGCGGAGGAAAGCUCUUCUUGAAGGACCUGGGACCUCAAAUUGGCUGGAUAACCGUUUUUCUGUCAGAAUACGCAGGCCCACUUGCAAUCUACAUGUGGAUUUACACCCGACCUUGGAUCUUUUAUGGCGACAAGGCCGCAUCAAAGCCAUACGCUCAAGUUGUUCAUAUUGCUGCUGCAUGUUGGGGAUUUCAUUAUGCAAAAAGGCUGUUGGAAACCAUUUUUGUGCAUCGAUUCUCGCACGCAACCAUGCCUAUCAUGAACUUGUUCAAAAAUUGUGGAUACUACUGGGGAUUUGCUGCCUAUGUGGCUUAUCACGUCAAUCACCCCUUGUACACCGCACCCAGCUAUGAUAUUCAAGUCUACGUAGGUGCAGCUUUAUUCGUGUUAUCGGAACUUGGAAAUCUGAGCAUUCACGUUGCUCUCCGAAAUCUGCGACCUCCUGGAACAACCGAGAGACGGAUCCCAUAUCCGACUUCAAAUCCCUUCACGGCUUUGUUCAAAUAUGUGUCAUGUCCCAACUACACGUACGAAUUUUAUGCUUGGCUCAGUUUCACAGUUAUGACGCAAUGCCUUCCAGCCGGACUCUUCACCAUUGCCGGAAUGUAUCAGAUGACUGUAUGGGCUCUCGGGAAACAUCGCAACUACAAGAAGGAAUUUGCAAAGUAUCCUCGUGGUCGCAAGUCAAUCAUUCCAUUCGUCAUUUAGAUUAAACUCUUAUUCUAUGAAAUUUUCCAUACCAGUCUACUUAAUUACUGCAAAUUACAAAUUCAGAGACUCAAUUAUAUAUUUUAUUUGUCUACACACGUAGUUAAUACGUUCAAAAAACACCAUUUAGUUCACAAACUGUUUCUAUUCUUUUACGAUAUUAUAUAUGUAGGCGAAAUAUUGAUUGCAAAAAAUUAUCACAAAAUUAUGUCAUCUACUGUUACUUAACAUCUACUAUUAAAGUUAGAUAGUACACAUGCCAUAGUUUCACAUAAAUUUGCUCAUUAAAAAUCCGAUGUAAACCCAUACAAGGAAGGAUUAUAAAAAAAUAUACAUGACAAAAGAUGGAAUUCA